UCCUGGCGGUCCCCCCCGGGGCACUGCCCUCGGGGGCGCGCUCGCGCGGCCCGCUCGCGGAGGCAUGGCGGCAGGCGCCCCGCGGCUCGUCGCGGCCUGGCUGGCCCUCCUGCUCGGCGGGGCGGCGGCCGACGCGCGGGACGACGAGUUCGCCGAGGCCUUCCUGGACAGCCUGCUGCCGGGAGCGCGCGCGGCGGAGGCGGCACGCGCGAGGCAGGAGCAGCAGCUGGGGCAGAUCCGCGGCCGCGUCUCCAUCCCGCCGAAGUUCACCCAGGAGCUGCCGCCCUCCACCGGCGGCCUUAGCGCGAUCCGGGUGCUGCUCGACGGCGGCGUGCGCUCCGCGCUGCCCACCACCGACGGGCACUUCCUGAUCACGGGCGUGACGCCAGGCCCGCACCUGCUGCAGGUGGCGCACCCCCGCCUCAUCUUCGACCCUGUCCGCGUGGAGGCGCAGGAGUCGGGGGACGGCGCCAUGAAGAUGUCGGGGUACAUCGCCAGCUUCGAGCAUGGCAGGGGGAACAAGCUGAAGUACCCGCUGAUGCUCCAGCCUUCUGGAAGCAGCAGCUACCUCGAGAAGCGCGAGGACUUCGACAUCCUGUCUGUGUUCAAGAGCCCCAUGACCUUGAUGAUGCUCUUCUCGUGCGGGGCCAUGUUCCUCAUGCCCAAGCUGCAGCCCAUGCUGGACGAGGAGAAGGAGAGGCAACGCCUUGAGAAGGAGGGCGAGGAGCCGGAGAAGCUGAAGUGAGGCGGCCGAGUAUUGUAUUGGAGCGUAGGCAGAGUGACCGCAGCAGCCGCACGCUUCUCCUCCAUCCCUUCUCCAGCUCUUCAUGCUACGAUUUCUGUGCCUCCUUUGGGGGUCCCUGACAUGAAUCUGCAACCAAUUGCGAACCCUAAUCCUGUGGGUCCGAUCAACGAUGCUGGAGCAUCGGGCCCCCCCUGCCAGGGUUUCACUUUGCUGCAGACAUGCUUCGAAUUCAGAGUUCCAUUCGGUUCUCUAUGAAUCUGACCUGCAGAAUAAGCUUCAAACGUUGGUGCCUAGUGAACUGCCCCUGCAUGAGCGCCAGGGGCGGCUCCGAAAGGCAGGAGGGGAAAUAUCGCCCCCCUGCAGUCGGGUCUGACUAGUUCCUAGCAUUUUUUUUUGGUAGAGGGCAACGGGUGAAAUCUGAAAUGCC